CCGGCAUGACAAUGAAGACAAAGGUGCCUCCAGAAUGUAUAUAACCCAGCCCCAUCUCUUCACAGAGUUCCGUCCUUGCUUGCUCUACUCCCCGGUCCUCUGGUAGCCACCUCCGUGAUUGUUCGACCCGGCCUCUCGUUCCAUUCAGAUCCCCUGAGUGCCUGCCAGGGGCAGAGUACGCCCCUCCCGAGAGCAUGGACCUCAACACACUGUCGCUACCCUCGACAAGCAAUUCCGUAAACGAGGGCGUUCGCAUUCCACAGCGCCACUCGAACCACAGGCUCGCCACACUGCUCGGCAUCUCUGAGGACGAGGACGGAGGGAUGUAUGAUGCGCCCAUCUGUGUCCCCGACUCAAUAUACACAGACGAAGACGACGAUCUUGCCCAGCUCGGUGGGGUCGCCGAAACGCUCGUGGCGAAGACGCGGGCACCCUCGUUCGGCGGUCACGACGUGUCGGACGAGCAGGCUCUCAUCGGUGGGCCCGACGGGGUGAAGGCGCGAGGGAAGGGGAAUGUUCGACAGAGGUUGGCCGGGUUCAUGCCCUUCCGCAGGCGGAAGGCCGCUUCAACAACUCUCUUCGGGCGAGCGAUGCUGCCAAGUCGUGUUCCGGAGGGCUCGUCAAGCCAUAGAGAUCCAUCCGAGGAUUGGAAUGCGAUCCAACACGACACGGGUGGAAGCGGCGGCGGCGGGGAGCAAACGGCAGAGGACGCAGAAACGGCGACUCACGACGAAGGGUUCCACUCUGCGGGCUCAGCCACCGGGCAGUGGAUGACUUUCCCAACCCUCGUUACCCCCAUCAAGGCGCAGUCGUUCUCUGCGCCCACAACCCCCAGGCGGUCCCCUCGCAGCGCAAGAAGCAGGCACACCCCGGGAUCGGCCAAGUCGUGGCUGUCUGAACUGUCCGCCUCGAGCGAGCUCAGCGCAAUGAGCUCGCUGCGCCGGAAGACUGCCAAGCGGAAGGCUCGGCUCUCGCUGGAGCCGAAUCCGCAGAUGAAGUCCAUGAAGAAGUCGAUACAGCUUCUGGGCCCCGAGGCGGCGGGCGUCGUUGCGAGAGGGACAGACGUGUCUCCGAAUAAGUUGAGGUACAUCGACUUUGGUCGGCAGAUGAGAGACUACAUGAGGCGCUAUAUGUAG